AUGGAUGUGAAUACUCCCCUUAUGGCUCAGGACCACAAUGAGAUGGAGGCUGCAAUUCACAAGCUGCAUGCCUUUCUCGACCGCUUGAAGGGCCUGUUGAAGCAGAACAAGCGUAAACAGGCCUGUCUGGCAGCUGAUCAUUCUCUGGUUGCGGUUCGAGAGUCGCUGACAGAAGAGAGUAUGCGCGAGAGACAGUUGACCAUUCAACUUGAUGCAAUGAGAGCUGAACAAGUUCAGAUCGAGAAGCAGAUAGUGGAGUGCGAAGCUGCUCUUACCAGUGUGGAGGAGAGUCUUCCCAGCUCUCCUGAGGAGAAUGUCCUCAAACUGGUGCCACACUUUUUGAAUUACAAAAAGGAGUCUCUACCUUUGGUUCCUGGCAGGCAUAUCCCUAUAAAUCAGUGCCAGGUCUUCCCGAGUUCCUAG